CACUAAGGCUGGGUCACAUGGUGGCCAGUGUUUCUAAUCCAUUGUGGUUGACUUAUAGAGUUUCACUACCUAAAGUCACACAGACGUAGGACAGUGCAGUGAGAAGACACAGGUACAUUAGAGUUGAGGUUAGAAGUAGAAGUUACUGUAUCUGACCACAAGUGUUUAAAGAUGUCAGAGGGAGUCAAUGAAAUCUCAGAUAGAUUUGAAGACGAUGAGCCUGAUGCAGUGAAGAACACAGACAUUGAUGACCAAAAUUAUUCCAACGUAAGAGCCUUCAAGUCCAGUCCAAGAGAUGGAGUUGUUGUUUCAGUACAUGUUCAGUGGUGGAAGAGACCCUCUGGAGUUGCUGCAGUGUGUCUGGGGCUGCUGUGUGUUCUCCUACUGGCUGGGACCAUAGGCCUGUCUGUCUACUAUGGAGACAUUGGUCACCAGCUACAGUCCAGUUACAACAUCCUGACUAAAGAGAUAGACCAGCUACAGACCUGUUACAACAACCUGACUAAGGAGAGAGACCAGCUACAGACCAGUUACAACAACCUGACUAAAGAGAGAGACCAGCUACAGACCAGUUACAACAACCUGACUAAAGAGAGAGACCAGCUACAGUCCAGUUACAACAACCUGACUAAAGAGAGAGACCAGCUACAGUCCAGUUACAACAACCUGACUAAAGAUAGAGACCAGCUACAGACUGAGAGAGAUUUUCUUAGUGGGAGGUCUACCAAUCUCAAACAAACCUGUCCUGAAGGCUGGCAGAAGUUUGAAUCCAGUUGGUACUUCCUGUCUACUGAGACUAAAACCUGGAAGGAGAGCAGAGAGGACUGUCUGGAGAGAGGAGCAGACCUGGUGAUCAUAAACAGCGAUAAGGAACAGGAGUUUCUCUUCAAACUCAAGAAGAGAGUAUGGAUUGGUCUGACUGACUCUGUCACUGAGGCGACCUGGAGAUGGGUGGACGGCACCCCACUGACCACCCCAAGGUACUGGUCUCCAAAUCAGCCUGAUAAUGGUGAUGGCAAUCCAGAAUAUGAGCCUAAUAGAUCAGGGAAGAGACCCUUCCUAGUUGCUGCAGUGUUUCUGGGGCUGCUGUGUGUUCAACUGGCUGGGAUCAUAGGCCUGUCUGUCUACUGUGAGUUUGUGUCCAAGUUCAUUGAUUAUCACCUAGUUGUAAGACGUGCUGGUUAUUAG